CCUCGGGAAAUUAAAAUAUAGCAUCAUUUAUCUCAUUAUUGAUGUACUCAAAUAAGAAUUGUUCAUAAGAAGUUAGGCAGUUGCAUCUUAGUUCCUGGGUAUUCGAGUAAUUCAUCCUCUUGCCAAUACCUAUGGAUACGCCACCCACGCCGCUUACUCAACUAGUCUCUCAUUUUAUUAACCGUUCCCGUGACAAUCAACCCUCGGAGUGGACUGAGCUUUGGAACCAUGAUAAGAGCUAUUUCUGGGAUCGUACGGGCCCAUCGCCCGCUCUCAUCGACUGGAUCGAGUCGCAGUCCGAAAUAUCGCAACCUCAUCCUAAUUAUCGACCGAUUGCCCUCAUCCCCGACUGUGGGAAAGGCUACGAUGUUAUUAUGCUAGCUCUCCACGGCUUCGACGCAUAUGGCUUAGAGAUCUCUCAGAGGGCUAUUCAAAUGGCGGAAGUUAAUGCGGCAGCCCAGUUUUGCGAACCAUCCAGCUAUAACUUUGGCUCGUCAAAAGCAAGUCGAUCAAUUAAGUACCGAGGUAAUGUGAAGUUUAUCCAAGGAGACUUCUUCGAAACAGGCUGGGAAAAGCAGAUAGCGACCGAGAAUUUUCAGGGCUUCGACCUAAUUUAUGAUUACGCUUUUUUAUGUGCCCUACCCCCUGAUUUACGAAAAGACUGGGCUCGUCGCAUGCGCGAGCUUAUCUCCCCAGUCGGGGUACUUGCCUGCCUCGAGUUUCCUUUAUAUAAGGAUUUAAGGGCUCUUGGACCGCCUUGGGGAUUGAAAGACGUCUAUUGGAACAUCCUAGCUGAAGGCGGCGAUGGUAUCAUGUCUGAAAAUUCAAUACAAGAUACUAGGAUGCUAGAGGGGUCAUUUCAAAGAGUGGCCUACUUCAAACCACCACGAUCGUAUGAGAAUGGGAAGGGCACUGAUAUGUUUAGCGUCUGGAAACCGAAAAUUUAGAGAAUAUCAAACUAAACUGAUAAUAUUGGCUAUGGUUUUAGCUUACAAGAUGAUGUGAAAGGACUUUGAGUUGGGACGUAGGAGUGAAGCUCGAUGAAUAUGAAAAGGGGUUCGGAGUUAAUUGACACGUAGGACUGGUGAUAUCUCCGACUUAAAGGUCCGUGCACAAAAGCUGACGUAUCGAG